GUGACUCGUCCUCCAAAAAUAAAAGCUUUGUUCCCCACAAAAGCUUCCCAAUCUCACUUGUUUGACAAUAGGACCACCACCACCACGGUGAAUAUAAUGGACCUCAAGUACUCAGCAUCUCAUUGCAACUUAUCUCCAGACGUGAUGAAGCACCAUCGAGGAAAAGAAAGAGAUGAAGAGUAUGAUGCUUCUUCUCUCAGCUUGAACAACUUGUCAAAGCUUAUUCUUCCUCCACUUGGUGUUGCAAGUUAUAACCAGAAUCAGAUCAUUUCUAGUGGAUGGGUCAUCUCACCCAUGGACUCAAGAUACAGGUGGUGGGAGUCAUUUAUGGUGCUUUUGGUUGCAUACUCUGCGUGGGUUUACCCCUUCGAAGUCGCGUUUCUGAACUCCUCACCAAAGAGAAACCUUUGCAUCGCAGACAACAUAGUAGACAUGUUCUUUGCUGUUGACAUUGUCUUGACGUUCUUCGUUGCCUACAUAGACCGAAGAACACAGCUUCUUGUCCGUGAACCCAAACAGAUUGCAGUAAGGUACCUUUCUACGUGGUUCUUGAUGGAUGUUGCAUCAACAAUACCAUUUGAUGCAAUCGGAUACUUAGUCACCGGCACAGGCAAGUUGAACCUCACUUGUAAUAUCUUGGGACUGCUCAGGUUUUGGAGACUCCGACGCGUCAAACACCUCUUCACAAGACUAGAGAAGGACAUAAGAUUCAGCUACUUCUGUAUCCGCUGCAUUCGACUUCUAUGCGUGACGUUGUUUCUAGUGCAUUGUGCUGGAUGCAUUUAUUACCUACUAGCAGACAGGUAUCCACAUGGAAAGACAUGGAUCGAUGCAAUCCCUAGCAUCAGAGAUAAAAGCCUAUCCAUCAAGUACAUUGCAGCCAUUUAUUGGUCUAUCACAACAAUGACCACUGUGGGAUAUGGAGAUCUCCAUGCAAGCAACACUACUGAGAUGGUGUUUAUCACAGUCUAUAUGUUAUUCAAUCUCGGCCUCACUGCUUAUCUUAUUGGUAACAUGACUAAUUUGGUCGUGGAAGGGACUCGUCGUACCAUGGAAUUUAGAAAUAGCAUUCAAGCAGCGUCAAACUUUGUUAACAGAAACAGAUUGCCUCCAAGACUGAAAGACCAGAUACUAGCUUACAUGUGUUUGAGGUUUAAAGCAGAGAGCUUGAAUCAGCAACAUGUUAUUGAUCAGCUCCCAAAGUCUAUCCAUAAAAGCAUUUGUCAACAUCUUUUUCUUCCAUCUGUUGAAAAGGUUUACCUCUUCAAAGGCGUCUCCAGAGAGAUACUUCUUCUCCUGGUUUCCAAAAUGAAGGCUGAGUACAUACCACCAAGAGAGGAUGUCAUCAUGCAGAACGAGGCACCAGAUGAUGUUUACAUAAUUGUAUCAGGAGAAGUUGAGAUCAUAGACUCAGAGAUGGAGAGAGAUAGCGUGUUGGGCACGCUAAGAUGCGGAGACAUAUUUGGAGAAGUUGGAGCACUUUGUUGCAGACCUCAGAGCUACACUUUUCAAACAAAGUCUCUUUCACAGCUUCUCCGGCUCAAAACAUCUUUCCUUAUUGAGACAAUGCAGAUUAAACAACAAGACAAUGCCGUGAUGCUCAAGAACUUCUUGCAGCAUCACAAGAAGCUGAGUGAUCUAGAUGUCGGUGAUCUAAGUGCACAACAAGAUGGAGAAAAGGAUGAAGGUUCGCCUAACAUUGCCUCAAAUCUUAUCACUGUUGUAUCAACAGGCAAUGCAGCUCUUCUUGAUGAGAUACUCAAGGCUAAGUUAAGCCCUGACAUUACAGAUUCCAAAGGAAAAACUCCACUGCAUAUAGCAGCCUCUAAAGGGUAUGAAGAUUGUGUUCUAGUACUCCUGAAGCACGGAUGCAACAUUCACAUUAGAGAUGUGACUGGUAACACGGCACUAUGGGAAGCAAUCUCAAAGAAGCACCACUCUAUAUUCAGAAUCCUUUAUCAUUUCGCAGCCAUAUCGGAUCCACACGUAGCUGGAGAUCUUCUAUGUGAAGCUGUGAGACAGAACAACGUAGAAGUGAUAGAGGAUCUUCUGAAACAGGGGAUCAAUGUUGACACAAAGGACCACCAUGGUUUCACAGCUUUGAAGGUGGCUAUGUCCCAGAACCAAAUGGAUAUGGUUAAUCUCCUAAAUAUGAACGGUGCGGAUAUGGUUACAAAUGAGCUCACAUCAUUGGAGAAGUUAAGAGUUGUGGAAAAAGAAAAAGAAAGAGUGAGUAUUUUCAGAGGACAUCCAUUGGAGAGAAAAGAAAGAAGUAGCUAUGAAGCUGGGAUGCUUAUUUUGCUUCCUCCUUCGCUGGAUGAUCUCAAGAAAAUUGCAGAGGAAAAGCUUGGGUUUAACGGAAGUGAGAUGAUGGUGACGAAUGAAGAUGGAGCUGAGAUUGACAGUAUUGAAGUGAUAAGAGACAAUGACAAGCUUUACUUUGUGGAAAAGAUAAUAAUUUAGAAAACGAAAUUUAAAAACCAAAAAAAAA